AUAAGCGGGAGGCUCGGCACUCAUAUUUUAGUGAAUCCACUUCUUAACAGGCAAUGAGUUGACUGGCAUUCAUUUUCGUUCAAUAACACGAUUUAGAUGGACUUCCGGUUUAAACAAAAUUGUCAAUAGGACGAUAACCUAAGGCGAUAAACAAUGCCAUCAAUAGACGUAAUACAAACGCCUAUUGAAGAUGGCAAACUUACAACCGAAGAAGUUCCAACAACAAAACCUUCUAUAGGAAUAAUUUAUCCACCCCCUGAAGUGAGGAGUAUCCUUUAUUUUAUCACAAUAACGUUUAAACAUUCCUAUUAUCGAUAACUUCAUGAUUUCAUAGAUGGCGAUCAUAUUAUUAAUAAUACGAAGUGGCUACGUCUAUGCGGUGCGUACCCGGGUCCCUUUAGACUAAAUGCUAUUCGGAUGUCAUUUUUGGUAAUUUAUUUUAGUUAAACUGAAGAAGAAAGUUUAAAAACAUAUAAUCAUAUAGUAGGGAUAACAAUACUUGUCCACGCACCGUUCUGCGCAUGACCUAAAAUGUCGAAAAAACGUGUUCUGCAAUAUGGCGUACAGCAACACAGUAUCAUUGGAAAAUUGCAGACUACGUCACCUUUGUUUAUUAAAUAAUUGCUUUCCUCAUCACUGACGUAUCAGUUUUUGUGUUCCGGUCAUAUAUUGAUUUAUGCUACGAUAUUUUUUUUGCAUCACGGGCAGUAUUAUUAUGAUGACUCGGUUAGUAUAUAAAUCGCAUAAAUACUUUUUUACUAGUAAAGCCACCAAAAUAAGGUUUAGUGCUCCCUAAUCUACAUUCAUUGUAAGAGUUUUUUCAUUUUUUGAGUUAUUAUCGUUGAGGUCUCGAUAAAAAGUUAUGCCACCCGCGAAUAAGUGGGGGGUAUGAAAUUAUCAUUAUUUUUUUUAUUUUGACCGAGAAGCCGGAAAUGGCUGCUAUCACUGUUAUUCGUUAAUGUUAAAUCCUUAAACAUCUAAAUAAUUAUAAGACGCUUAAAAUGAAUCAUUUUAAGAAAAGAUUAUAAGCAAACUUGAAAAGUUUAUAUAGUAACCAAGGGUUGGUUUUAAGUUUUAUUUAUUACGUUAAAAAUUGUGUAGGGUACCGGUACACAGUUUAUCGUUCAUUCAUUAUUGAAUCAAUAUUUAAUAGUUUUACAUAGUAAUAUCGAUAAUAAUAAUCGUUUUUCUCUUAUUAAUUAUUUCAGAGAAUAUUACUAAAAUUAGGCCUACUUAUCAUUAUCAGUUAUAAUUAUAAACAACUGUUAUUAUAAUCCUAUUUAGGCCUAAGCUUAAUUUUUCUUACUAAUUCUAUUACAAUUUACAAGCAUAGACUAUAAGUUCUAUAUAUUUAAAUAUAACAGUUUUAUUAAAAUACAUCAAAUUAAUAAACAAGACUCAAACAACAUCAUCAUAGCAAUUAUAUUUUUAUUAGGACAUAGAAAAGCAGUACAUAGACAAUUAUUUAAUAUAUAAAAUAAUUUUUUUAAAUGAAUUAGUCUCAUCAUUAUCAUAUUAUCAUGGAUGAUAUUUGAGUAAUUUUUAUCUAUAAUUACCAUGCUUUCAAUUUUAUAAAUAAAAAAGACUACUUACCUUUUAAUAAAUAUAAUAAUUGAUUUAAAAUUAACACAAGCAUAAUAAAAUUAAUUAAAAUUCAAUAAAUAAUAAUAAAUAUGGACAUAUGGUGGGGUUUUUUUUUCGUUUUUUCCUGCAUAAAUAUUGAUUUUCCCAAUUUUUUUGUUCACUUUUUUCUGAACAUACCCACAAAUAAAUUUAUAAAAAAAUAAAAGUCUUAAUGUUAUAUAAAAGUUUUGUUGUUUAUUAUACUGUAUAUUGCAUUGAGAAUGUCUCCUGAAAAUUUGGUAGCAUUAUCUUUUAAAAUCAAAAAGUUUUGGUUAAAAUAAGGCAGAAAUUUUGAAAGUGGGUCACAUGUUUUUUCAGUUUAAUACUAAGAUAAAGAAGGGGGUGUUUAAAAAUCACCAAAAAAAUCAUAACUCCACUUCUAUAAAAGAUAGAAAGAUGAAAUUGGUGUUGUUGUAAAGCUUAUAGCUGGCCCUUUAAAAUGAUGUAUCAUUCAUGGCAAUUUGACAAUAUUUAAAUUUUGUGUCAAAGUACCUACAUAUAGUCAAUUCAAUUGUCUUUUAUUUGAUAUCAAAUUUCAUCUUACUUAUUUGCUUACAAACCCUACAAUAAUAUUUUAAAUAUAAUUUAACAAAUCCAACCCCUCACUCUUGAAACCUGAAUCAGAAUAACCGCAGCCUUAAUAAUAAUAUUAGGGUAAUCUUGCAUAUAUGAUUUCUGAUAGGAUUUCGUAUUAUGGCAUGUCAAAUUAUGUGUAUUCUUCAUUAACUCAAAUCAAGGCAAUGUUAUUUAACUAAUGGCAGUGUCUCCAGACGUUUAUCUCCGGCGACGAAAUCACAUGACCGCCGUAAGAAUACUAUCUCGAGAAAUUCGUCCGGUGACCAAGUCACAUGACCGCCGUAACAAAGUGGCACGAGCUAUUUGUUAGUCAGCCUUGUCAUGUGACCGCGAAGAUUCAAAACUAUUGUUACUUUUAAAACCUUUCAAACAAGGUUAUAUUACCAAAACAAGGUGGGGUAUAAGCAGUAUGCAUUUUAGAGGUAAGCAAUGCCGAGAAGGAGAGAGAAUAACGGUAAUAAAAAAUACGAAUGCUAAAAAAAUGAUAGUGAGGGUCAGGGGUUCCACUUUUCCGGGUUAUUUUGGAUUCGUGAGGCUAAAUAUAUUUCAGUUCCGGAUUCGUGAGUUUUUAUAUUCUCUCGCUCCGGAUUCGCCAGUUCAAUUUAUUCAAAUACGGAUUCAUAAUUUUGAUUUUUCUUAAAACUAGCCAAUAUACACGCCAAUUUUAGAUAAAUUUAUUUUGUGCACAUGCUUUUAGUUAUGGAGGGAGAGAGGGGCAUAACAUAUAAACAUUUUUUAGCCCUUUUGUCGGGAGCUGAUUUGUCGUUUUGAUGUGACAUAGUUUUUUUUCUUAUAGGAUUAAUAUGGGGAGGAAUGCGUUCAGGUUGAAGCAAUAAGAAAUAUACUCAAGGUACAGGAAAAACCUGAAGAAGGACAGUACAAAGUAUAUUUCUUUUUUUUUUUUAUGAGCUUUAUAUAAAUUAAAUUACAAUUAAUGGAUAGAUCUAGACCAAACCUUGGUACAAAUGCACUUGAAAAUCUGUAUUGAAAAACUGGAGAGUUCUGAACUAAUAAUAUUCACCACCGUCAGGACCAGGGCACUAAUUUCAUUUUCCUUAUGCAUUUUUUACAUUUUCAACAGAUUUUAAUGGGACAACCUUUAAAUUUUAACUUGACUAUUUUUCUGAUGAAUUAUAUAGGGGUCCUAUCUUAGUGAUAAUAAAACUUCACCUUAUAGAACAGGUCCCUGACAGAACUCUUAUUUUAAUGGUUUUUGGAAGACGUCCAGUGUUACAGCAUUUUGUUUUAGAUGUUUAAGUGUUGAAAUAAUGAUGCAUACAAGAGUCAUUAUUUACACAAUUUUUAUAUAUAUAUAUUAAAUAUAUAUAAUUUUCCAGAAAGUUCUAUAAAUUGUUCCACGUAGUUAUAAAGAUUAUGGAAAUGUCAAAGGGAUCUAAAACUUUUUGGAAAUUUAAGUUAAGUUUUAUAUAUUUCUAUACUUUCCUGGGGAAUUUCCUUGGUAUCUGUGAAUAUAUUUUUUCUAAAUUCUUACUUUUAUAGAAAUUUCAAUUUUUUAAUAAGAGUUUUAAGAUUAUAUAAAUGUCCUUUUUAUGUUUAUUUAAGCCUCUAUGAUUUUCCUCUAAUGUUAUGGAUAUUAUUUUUAAAAUUUAAACACUUAUCUCAAAAAAAUUCAUUGAAUUCUGGUAAAUUUGAAGGAACUCAGAUGAAGACCCCCCACCCCCUUAUUUUCCUUUUCUUAUACCCAACAAUUAAUGAUAGUUAAUGGCAUCCUUUUUUUAUUUUAUCCUUUCAAAAUACUUUUCAUUAUGAUCCUGGUUGUUUUAAAUAAAUGGCUUGAACCAGUUCAAAUGAAAUUUUUAAAGAGAAUUUUCAAAUCUUUUAACCAUAUAAUAGAUUACACGUCUGUCAUAAUUGAUUAUUUGCAUUAAUUAUUCAUUAUGUUUUAUAAAGUCUGUAAUUUUAUACAUUGUAGAACAUCCAUCACAAGUUAUAUGGUUAUUUUCAAGUUAUUUUAAGUGCAAAAAAAUCGUUCUUUUUUUUUGUACAAAUAUGAAAGAUGAUUUGUUGCUUUACAAACAAGUUAGAAUGAUAUGCUUUUAGUUUCAGGCAGACUUAUAUGAAAUUUUGAUCUGGAUUACUCAUAUAGAAACAGAAACAUAUAGAUUUUUGGAUUGCUUUUCUUUAAGAUGAUUUUUAAGACAUUGUUGACAAGACUGCUAGUUUUGUUGCUCGUAAUGGGCCUGAAUUUGAGAACAGAAUUCGCCAAAAUGAGGUGAACAAUCCAAAGUUCAACUUCCUUCAGCCUACAGAUGCUUAUCAUGGGUACUACCAACAUAAAGUUGAAGAGUUCAAACAAGGAAGAGGUACCUUAUAA